AUGCUGCAAGGGUGCACCAAAGUUGUCACGCAGUACUAUGACAGCAUAUGUGAGUUCAAAUUGAAGCUGUCAUUCGUGAAUGCCUCUGAUCUGCCCGUCAACAUCCAACUAGAAAUAAUAGACUUGCAGUGUGACUCAGAUUUGAAGGGCAAGUUUGCGGCAGCUGGCUUGGACACGUUUUACCAGCAUCUCUUGCCAGGUUACCCCAGCUUGACAGCCCUUGCUGCAAAAGUGUUGUGCAUGUUUGGAAUCACAUAUCUUUGUAAGCAAGUAUUCUCUGUAAUGAACAUCAACAAAACAAAGCUGCGCUCAAGGCUCACGCACAAGCACUUGAAUGACAUCCUGAAACUGGCUGCCACUCAGGAUGUGAUGCCUAAUAUUGAUGCACUUGUGAAAGCUAAAAGAUGCCAGGUUUCAGGAGUAAAAUAA